AAAAAAAAUCAGAAUGAAGGUGUUGAUGAUUAUCUUCACCACCAAUUCUCCCUAUAUAAAGGCAUUGCAAUGACUGGAAACCAAACAGUAAUUGUGCUACAUUGAAUGAAUUAAUAUCGCCGAGUGACUCUUGCAGAAAAGUGUUAACUGAAAAUCAAGACAACAAUUGUGUGAAAUAGUUAAAGACAUUCGUCCAUAAAAGGAGUUCAAUUUUUUUUUGUUUCUAUGACUUAUGAAUAAUUAAGCAAAAAUGGAUCUAAACAGCAAUUUUGUGCGCAGAUAUCUUCUGAUACCAAUGGUUUUAUUGGCAUUGCAAUUAUUAUACCCUGUAACAUCGAACUCGGAACUUGAUAAGCAGCGUAGAUUGUUUAAUAAUAAAUUUGGCAGUAAUUGGGCUUUGGAAGCUCCGACACAGGAUGAAAAUCCCGCUGAUGACUAUGAAAGCAAAACCACCGGUCUACGUUUCUUAGCAGAAUUAUUCAAAUCACGGCAAAGACCGCCCAUUUCAAAUACAGAAUACGACCAAUACCUUGCGGAAGGAUCACAUUAUGAAAACGACAGAGAAAUUGAAUCGAGCAUUCCGUAUGGUGUUCAAAAUGUAUAUGACACUUCUGCAGGACGGCUUACGCGUUCCAAAAAUCAUCACAAAUCAACAUUCCAAUCAUUAUGCCCGAUCAAAAGAGAAACAAUAUUGUUGAAUAUGGAUAUAGAUUUUGAAUAUCGACCAGACUACUAUGAAGAAGUGCGGUGUGCAAAUGCAGUAAUGCAUAGUGAAAAUAAAAUUCAAGCGGCGGUAUGUAGUGAGGCUGGCUUCAGUUGUAUUCAACUAAAUGGUACGAUAUUUUUGACUCGACGAGCCCGAGGAGCCAAUUGCUGGGAAUCAGAAACUCGCACAGUGGCUGCUGGUUGUGAAUGUAUGUGGCCGAAACAUCAACUUGGAGACAUUGCUCAUCAUUAAUUAUAUUUAAAUUCAAAAAAAAUCCUCCGUAUUAUGUAUUAUUGCUAAACGAAAAAAAACCAACAUGAGAAAAAAAGAGAAGUCGAUGUUGUGGUAUU